AAGCUUCUUAGAUAUAUUCAGAAUGAUAAUGUAAGCUAUAUAAUAGUAAUUAUUUUAAAUUUAAAAGACCAUCAGCUAAUAAGUGUUUCUUUUUGGCAUUAUUAUAUGAAAAUUAGUUUAUCGAAAAAUGUAAUGAGAAAUUCGGAUAUUAACCUAAUUAUGACUCAUGUAAAUGCUAGUCUGAGAUUUCAUGAAUUUCUAAAGGAAAUUGCGAAACUUGUGAAAAACAAAAUUCUCCUUUGUGUUAUACUUGUAAAACAGGUUUUUUCUUUUAUUAAGUUAAUAAGUCGUGUUUAAUUAAAUGUCCAUUAGGAUUUAUAGAAUAAUAAAAAACAUAAGAACUUUCUAUUAGUUGUCUUUAAUAAAUUGAUUUUAAUACAUGGAUUAUAUGUGAUACUACUAAAGGAUAUAAAUUAGAUACACAUAAUAAAUGUACCUUUUGUAAGCAAAAUUGCAUAUCAUGUAAUCCUAAUCCUAAUGAUGUAACCGAGUGUUUAGUUUGCGAGGGAAUUAAACUAAAGAAUUAUGAUGGUAGUUGUGUUAAUGUAUGCCAUUAAGGUACUUUUUAUUCUAUUGAUAGUCAAAAAUACGAAAAAUGUACUGAAAAAUGUUUAUGUUACAAUUAAAUAGAUUUUAGUUAAUAAUAAAAAGUUAAUAUGUUGAUUAUAAAACUAAAGUUUGCACUUGAAGUUUUUAACUGAAUUUAAUUUUGAAAAAUUACGAAAAAAAUCUCUUCAAAUUAAUGCCCUAAUGAUUAUUUAAUUGUAGAUUUAGAAAAUGGAUAAUGCUAACAUUAUUUUAAGAAUUUAGAGAGUUUUUAGUACGUUUGUAAUAUAGAUGCUUAAUAUGCUGUUCUGAAUCAUAUCUAAAGUAAGGUGAUGUCUUUUAAUAAAAUGGUUAUAAAGGAG